ACAACGACUACGUAGGUGAACUUGGGAUCGUCACCGGCUGGGGACGCACGGCGCAGGACGGCGACCCCACAGACACCCUGAAGGAGAUCCUGGUGCCCAUCUUCUCGAACCCCGCCUGCCGCGCCCUCAGGUACAAGCCGCACGAGAUCACCGACAACAUGAUGUGCGCGGGAUACAUCGCCGGAGGGACGGACUCGUGCCAUGGCGACAGCGGAGGCGGACUCAUGUGGCAAGGCAGAGACGGCAAAAUGGAUGUCAUUGCGAUCGUCUCCUGGGGUCAAGGGUGCGCGCGCAGAGGCUACCCCGGAGUGUAUACCAGAGUCAAUAAUUAUCUCGACUGGAUCGAAGAACACACGAGGGAUAGCUGUUACUGCGGGAGGCGGCAAGGGAGGUCGUAGGACUCUCUCGGUGAGGUGCUGGGGCGUCGCGCACCUGUUGAAUUUUGGUUUUGCUUCUGUUUGU